GUUCGCCCGGACCUAUCAUGGUAAGCAGCAUCACCCCAACGUCUUUCACCGCACAAUGGGUACCAGCUAGUGUUCCAUUCGACGGAUACACCAUUGAGCUCAUCGGGCCUGGUAACCCAACCUAUGAUAACACAGCGGAUUCAGACACAAACAGUGUGGACUUCUCCACACUGAAGCCCCUGUCGGACUAUCGUGUGGUGGUGAGGUCGAGACUAGCUGCAGUGAACCCUUUCCCUGACCAGUACGGGGACCAGGUGGCAGAGGUUGUGGAGUCUACCGCUAACAUUGCCUUUGACGAGAUUGUCAUCAGCAGUUACACGCAUAACCAGAUAAUCGCUAUCUGGUCGGAAAACAUGGCUGCCGUCAACGGUUACCGGAUCUACAUCUAUGAGUCAAGUGUUGGGCGGGGUACCUUUGAGACACAACUGGUUGACCCUAGCAACACGUUCCGGACGUACAACUUUCUGAGACUUUUACCUGGGGUGUUGUACACCAUUGAGGUUGUGGUGACCCCAACAAUCACCUUGUCAACAUCGCAACGAACCCGUGCCGCUCAACCAGGCCUUCCUUUCCUUCAGAGUUCCUCCUCGACCACUCUCAACGUCGCCUGGAAUCCAUCCGUAGGACAUGUUGAUCCAUUCGAAGGACAGGUUGAUUUCUACCUGUUAGACUAUCUACCAGAGGUCGGGAGCUCCGCCAAUCCCAUCACGGUACCAACUGAGGAUGGGGCUUCCUUUGUCCUUCGCAAGCUGCUGCCUGGCGAGGAUUACACAGUCUCUGUCAAGGCUGUCGCCGGGUUGGGCACGGACGAGACGGUCAGUGCUUCGAGCACUAGCACCUUGACAACAGAACCUGCUCAACCGGCGGAGGUGAUAUUUGUGGAAAUCCUGACCCGUUCCGUGGAGUUCACUUGGGGGGAAGUCUUCACAAACUUCGAUCAGUAUGUGUAUGAGAUUAUGCCCCUACAGGGAGAAAACAUCGGUAUUGUCCAGCCUGGCAAUGUACGCACAGGCAGUUUUGCUGGCCUUGUACCAGGGAGACGUUACGAUGUCACUGUCAGUGCUGGUACUCUGUCAGACACCAAAAGCUUUCGAACAAUACCAUUGGCCCCUAGUGGCGUCUUUCAUUCAAGUUCCACACCGACCACGAUAAGAGUCAACUGGAACCAGCCUAUAGACUCUACGUCAGAGUUUGACUCCUACCGCAUUACGCACAACAUCGGAGACGGACCGAUUCUCGGGACGGUCUUUGUUUUACGCCAGCUGGAUGAGUACGUCUUUGAAGAUCUGAUCCCAGCCACGGACUAUAACAUAUACGUGGCCACUAGCUCUGGCAAUGAACCCCUCAGGACAAUAAGUGAACCUGCAUCGACUGUGGCUUCAACCUUUACCCCAGACGCAGGCGUUAUCGUCAUACUAUCUGUGACCACGGACACUAUUACAAUAUCCUGGGGUGCAGCCGAUACUGUGCCAGGGUUCACAAGUUACGCUGUGACCAUCGACAGUACUGACGCAAGUAAAGUCAUCGAUACCGUGCAGCGGCGUGGUACCUUCUCAAACCUCACCCCAGGGGCCUUAUUCAACAUCAGUGUGACAGUCUUGACAGAUACAGGGAUUCAGACUUCUACUCUGCAGAGAACACUACCCCUGUCUCCGUUACUAGUCACCACUCAGGCCGCCGAUGCUGUGUCCAUCACCCUGAAUUGGAUCCCACCUACAGACGUUUACAGUGGCUUCAGCGUUUCUUACAAGGAGGUCGGCGCCCCGGUAGACGUGCCAGCGGGUACCACACCCAGCAGCGUCGACCAACUGGAGGUAACCGGACUCCUACCCGCAACGACGUACGAGUUCAGCGUAGUGACGGUCUCCGGGACGGAUGAAUUAGAGGAGAUAAGCGCACCCUCUACGGCCACAGGGCGGACAGUGUCUGUGGACCCCGGCACUAUUCUUCUUAACGCUGUGACGUCUAGCACCAUCUCAGUGGUAUGGGGAAAGCUCCCUGAUACUACACCAGACUACAACCUCCUCCUGUACGACCAGUCUACCAUCGUCAAAAGUUCCUUGGGGCUGACGACAGAGACGGCCCAGUUUGAUAGCUUGGAUCCCGCAACUGAAUACAGAGUUGACCUAUCAUACGAAGGAACUGGGCAACAGUCUAGCGACCUGGUCGUCCGCACAAACCCGGCAAACCCUACCAACAUACGUGAAAUUCUUGUAACAACAACUUCCAUUGAAAUCUUCUGGACGGCCCCGCUAAGUGAGUUCAGUUACUACAAGGUUUUUAUAACCACCGAGGCUGGGCAGAGGACCCUCGCUGGAAGAGUAAACGUGGAGGAUGAUCCAAGAUAUCGCUUCCAGAAUCUGAGUCCGGACUCGGAUUACGAGAUCGAAGUUGUUGCGCUCCUCCUCGCCAGUGUGGAUCCACAGCUUCCCGAGCAGCGAAACGAUGACAAAGUGUCGAAGACCUCCCACACAGACCCUGUAGGGAGAACGGACGUCAUCGUCCAAGAUGUGGCCACCACCUCCAUGACUAUCCUCUGGGCCAAAGCCACCGAGCCAGCAGUAGAUGGCUACUUCCUCUACAUCUGGCCAUUCGGGGAAACUCGGCCGCAGUUCAGCAGGAUCUUCCUCUCUCAGAACGCACAGCAGUCCACAGUGUCACACCAGGUCAGCGACCUCAUACCGGGACGGCUGUACCAGAUAGAGGUUGAGAUUACGCCAAAUAGUGCCGUUGCAGACUAUGUUCUAACCACCACACAGCGUACACGUCCUAACCCUCCACGGGACCUAAGUUUGGUCUCCAGUACCGCAACCUCCUUAGACGUCAGCUGGUUGGGCCAGUCGAGCGAAGGUGACGUUGACCUCUAUCUAGUCUCUCACUUCCCGGCCGAUGGGAUCACCAGCCCUCUUCUCAUUGUUCAACUCGACGCUCAACAACGGGUCAAAUUUGAGAACCUCCUGCCUAACAAGGACUAUGUAGUGACCGUCAGGGCUCAGUCUGGCGACGAAACUACGAGCGAGACGAGUGAAGAGAUCACUGAGACUUUUACAACAGCAAGUGCUGGUGAGGCUGAGGUGGUCAUCCGCGAAGUCACAACCACCUCCAUUCAUUUCACAUGGGGGGAGGUGACGGGCGAGCACAAUGGGUACACUCUUCAGAUCAGCGAAGACGCCGGAUCGCAGAUUGCCCCCCCAGGGCUACCUACAGUAAACGUCUUCCGUAACCUCUUACCAGGUAGAGAGUACACUAUUCAGGUGUCCACCAGCAACGAUGCCCUGCCCACUGGAAGCAAGGUUGUCCGAACGAAGCCUACCAGCCCAGCCGGAAUCUUCAACGUCAAUCCUCAGCUGAUUUCCGUCACAUUCUCCGUCGCUGCUCCUGGCCAACACAACUUCCAGGACGUCGUCUUCGACUACUUCAAGGUCUCCAUCAGCCUGGGGAGUAGUCUCCCACUCCAGGAGGUGUUUAUUCCAGCGGACGUGACCGAGCACUCGUUCCGCGAUCUGCUACCCAGAACGGAGUACACGCUGUCCGCUGCCGCUGUUUCCGGAACUGGCGAGGGCGCUCAGACGAGUGAACCCAUCACACAGGUUUUUACUACACUUACACCGUCUGCAGGGGAGAUAAUUAUAUUGGAGGUGACGAAUACAAUGAUCAGAAUCGCAUGGGGCGACGGAAACGCAUUACCUGGCUUCAUUGGAUACUCAGUCAGCAUCAGUCCGAUUGGUCAGAACCCCGAUCGGAUCGACGAAGUUGAGCGCAGCGCUGUGUUCAGUGGUCUGGUACCUGGACAGCUCUAUGACAUCAGUGUCACAGUAGAUGCCACUACGGACUUUGACGUGAAUGCUAAGCAGAGGACAAUCCCAAACCCACCUGGACGCAUUUUCAUUUCCUCCGUGGUCAAACCAACGUCUUGCCGGCUCUCCUACAUCUUACCGACCGAUAUCUUUGGGGCUUUUAACAUUUACUACACGGAGCUUGGACUACAGAUGCGACAGCUUGCCGGCAAAGUCAACCAGAACACCAGUACCUUCAAUGUCAUGGGACUCCAGCCUGAGAAGGAGUAUGCGAUCGCUAUAGAAACGGUUUCGGGCAUCGGUGAGGAUCAGACUACCAGUGAACCGUCAACUUCUUCAUGCAGUACUGGUGCUCUCCAGCCGCGGACAGUUUACUUCACCGACGUGACGUCCACAACCAUCGAUAUUCUCUGGCUCGGAAACAACAGCAUCAAUCUCUUGACGAUUGUCUCUGAGGACCCUCUGACAGACCCGUAUGAGGAGAUCACAGGUAGUUCGAACACCCAUCAGUUUACCGGUCUGGACCCCUCCACCAAGUAUACCAUCUCGGUAAACCCCGGAGCGCAGUCGUCUGAUUUCAGUGGAGUCACCAAAACAAGGCCUGAGAAUGUAGAAUCCAUCGCGUCACUGACUGAAAACCCAACCACCUUGGAUGUCACCUGGACUGAACCUGCUGGAAAGUUUGACUUCUACCAGGUUAAAUAUUUUGACUCCGAUGGCCGUGAAUUUCUUGGCAGUCCCCUACUUGAUGACAUUGAACUGCAGCACACCAUUCAUGGUCUUACCCCUGACAUGCCGUACCUGGUUACACUGUGGGUCAUGGCAUACAACAAUGAGAGAAAUGGCUACCUGGAGAGUGAAUAUGCAGUAGAGCGUGCAGCUCGAACUACACAAGUACUACCAGAUCAAGUUAUCAUCCAGGACUUUACCACAACAGAUAUCUCUAUUGUCUGGUCUCAUGCUGCUGGCACCAACCUGUACCAGCUGUAUGUCUAUCCAGAGGGUGAGCCAAGGCCAGACACCGGUGACAUAGAACCCGGGACCACCGCACUGCCGAACGAUCUGUUGUACCACACCUUCUCUGGUCUGUCGUCGGGCAUUCUGUAUAACGUAGACAUCAGCUAUGGUGGGCAGUUUUACAAUGCUCAGCAGAGAACAAACCCAGAACCUCCAGGUCCUCUGAUACUCUUGGGUUUCAGUUCCACCUCCCUCCGCUUCGUCUUCACCGAAGCUCCCGGAGCCCUCAGCCACUACGAGAUUUACUAUCGACCGAAGAAUGGACUACCUUCUUCUCCAUUUUCCAUCAGUCGAAGCCAACCCGAGAAUUUUGUCGUCGAAAAUCUGCUUCCAUCCACGGAAUAUUUUUUCAGGACUCUGAGCAUUUCAGAGAGUCCCAGUGUAACAAAGAGCAGUCGAAGUAUCAACUUUUUCACCACAAUUGCUGCCGUUCCAGCCGAGGUCAUUCUUAGGAGUGUAACCAUAAACUCCAUCGUUGUGACCUGGGGAGAAGUGGAGGGUACAACCAACCCAUACAUUGUAGACUUGUCGAGGGAUGCGGGUGCAGCCGAAGAGAUCACCGUUCCUCGGAACCAACCACUCUUAGCAGAAUUUACUGGCUUGGCCUCAGGUGACAAGUACACAGUGACAGUGUCUGUGGUUGGUGUGGCUGAUGGAGCGUUGACACUGAGAACGAUUCCCCGUGAGCCAAGCUUUGUGAAUGUAUUAGACAGCACGGCGACAACCAUCACCAUCGGCUUUGGCGACACAGCAGGAGCCACUACAUUCAACCUCUUUAGAAUAUCCUAUAGCACAGGUGGUGGACCAACCAUUGAGUCCGGCGAGGUUGGGCCAACUGUCAGUUCUUUCGUUCUAGAGGAUCUGUUCCCAGACACUUUGUAUGACAUCUACCUACAGACCGUAUCUAAUGAUGGGGGUUUUGAGACGAGCAGUGAAACAGUCUCUACUGCAGGAACUACAGGCGCUCUCACUCCAGGCGAGGUCAUCGUCCUUUCCUUCACAAGCACCUCGAUUGACAUCACGUGGGGAACGGGAGACGAUCUACCAGGCUAUCAAGAUUUCUUUCUCCAAAUCGACCCGCCUGCUAGCUCCAACCCGGUGGUCAACAGAGAAGGCCGUACAGCGACCUACAACGACCUUAGCCCUGGAGAGGAAUACACCAUAACGGUCACGUUGUUUGCCGAUACCAAUGUUGAACAGACUGCAGUGCAGAGAACAAUUCCUUUGCCAGUGACUAAUUUGGGAGUAACCGGCACUGCACCAGCGUCGAUCUCUUUUAGUUGGACUCCAGGAGGUGGCACUUUGACCUCUCAAGACCUCAGUGUGACCUCUGCUGACUCUGGCCUCCCGGUCAAUAUACCCACAAUCACGCUGGGAGCUGGCACCACAUCCUAUACUGUCACCGGCUUGGACCCCGGUCGCACUUACACCUUCAGACUGGUGGUGAAAGCUGGUGACCAGGAGAGCCAACCUGCCAGCAUUGACGGGAGUACAGAAUCCUUGAUUGAGGGGGAGAUCUUUGUGAAGAGCAUCACAGAGAGUUCUUUUGUCAUCGUCUGGGGAGAGGUACCGGGCGCCACUUUGUACUCGAUCACCAUUCCGGAGUUAACAGGGAUAAAUGACAACCAACUAGAGGCGGAGUUUGUUGGAGUGGAACCAGCCAUGGUGUACCCUAUCACCAUUGUGCCGCUCAUCAACAGCGUUCAGGGUCCUUCAUUUGGGAAAACUGUCCGAACAAAUCCUCUUUCCCCUGGUCUGGUCUCCCUAACCGAUCAGUCCCCAACAUCCCUGACCGUCUCCUGGAUUCCUGCCGCUGGUGCAAACUCCUUCGACUUCUACAGGGUAUCCAUCACUGAUCCCAGCGGUAAUGAAAACUUUGCCGAUCCGGUGUAUCCAUCAGAAUCCACUGAGCACACCUUCAACGAUCUGGAUCCAUUGACGGAUUACACUGCUACCGUGGUGACUGUGCUGGAGGCAGAUGCCAUGUUAAAUCUUGCGGAGCAGACAGGUGACACGACGCAGAGGAAAAUCUUCCAAACAGAUUCAAUCGCCGAUGCAAUGAUCAUUACCAGGGCUGUAACCACCACCUCGGUUACCCUCUUGUGGAAUGAGAUACCAGACGCCACCUCGUACCAGGUCUUCAUCGCCCCACCGGUUGGUUCUAAUCCCAAGACGGUCAUCCCAGCAGGUGGUAACACCGCUUCACUGGUCCUCAACAAUCUGUUCCCUGGCCGAGACUACCUGUUCACUGUUCAAGUCCGUCCGAGCGAGCUGGUGGACAACUUUGAGACCAGACAGCGAACGAAUCCUGAGUCACCACUACUACUCAGGGCAGACGCUCCCACAGCAACCAGCCUUCUCAUCAGAUGGCUGUCCCCCGUGGGUGUAGUGGACUCCUAUGAAGUCACAUACUCUCCGGCUGAUGGCACCCCAGAGCCCCCGUUCAGGAUCGAAGCCACAGAUCCACUUGAGCGCCGUGUUGAUAACCUCCGCCCUGGAACAGACUACACUUUCUUUGUCAAGGCUGUAGCCGGUCAGGACGCAAGGUUUAGGGAGAGUGUCCCUGUCCAAGCUGUGUUCCGAACAGCAACUCCUGAGGCUGGUGAGAUAAUCUGCCUCGAUUUUGACUCCACUUCCUUGACCGUUGGUUGGGGCCCGGUCGGUGGUACAUUCUUGGGUUACAAUCUUCGCAUUCGACCAGGGAGCAUCGCCGAUCAGAAUGUACCCCAGGAUGGUGAGCGUAUCGUCACCUUCAGUGGAUUGGUACCCGGAACAGAAUACACCAUCACAUUGCAUGUCAAUCAGAAUGAACGUGGAUCGCUCCUCAAGAGGACAAAGCCACUGCCCCCCACAGAUUUGGGAGUUGUUGCAGGCGAGGCAACAUCCACAUCAGUCUCCGUGAGUUGGAUCCUCCCCGGCGGAGUAUUUGACCUGUUUAAGAUUGAGUACAGCAUUGGAGGCGGCCCCAGGAACAGCGUCGAGUUCAUUGAACCCACCACGUCAUACACAUUAGAGAACCUACUGCCUGGUACCUCCUACGAUGUCUUUGUGACGACGGUCGCAGGGAGAGGGGCAACGUCAAUCGAGAGUGAUGCUGCUAGCUUUGAGGCUAGUACUGUUGCUUUCGGUGAUCUACAAGUCGGAGUCUUGGAUUUCACUGCAAACAGAAUCGACAUUGCUUGGGGUGCUGUUCCAGACCCAGCUGCCCUGUACAGUGUGACGACCGAACCGGCCGCCAUCGUGGAAGGUGUGAGUCAGAGCCAGCGGACAGCCUCUCUGGUUGGCCUGACUGCUGCUACAGAGUACAGCAUCACCGUCUUCCUUGCUGCUGGUGUCAACAAUCCAGAUAUGACGACGAUAUCACAACGCACACGUCCCAAUCCAGCCAGUAAUGUUAUGGUCAAACCAGAUAGUGAAGUGACCCCAGUGUUUCUGGUCAUCCAAUGGCAGCCAGCUGUUGGUCUGGUCAGUGGAUAUGACGUAUCUUACAGGGUGCAAGGAAGACAGGCAGAGAGUAUGGCUGGAUCCACCGACACCAAUACACAAGAGCUGAAGGUGACUGGUCUGGAUACCGGAGUCACUUAUGAUUUCAUUGUGAGAUCAACCAUAGAUACUGGACCAGACAAAGUCACUGGGGAACCUGCCCUUGGAUCAGGAACAACAGCCACCAUCAAUGAAGAUGAAAUCUACAUCGUCCAGGUCACAGAGAGCACCAUCAAGAUACGUUGGGGCCAGAACAGCAGUCCUGACACCCAGGCCUACAGCGUGGCCGUCAAACUACCCACAGCCGACAGCAUCCUUGCUCAGGAUCAGUAUGGACCUGAUGAAAAACUAGAGCACACGUUUGUGGAUCUGACUUCGGGAACACAGUACGAGCUCUCGGUUGAGGUGGUCCUUCUAGGCGAAGGGAUGAGGCCAAGAAACUCCAUUCUGGAGUAUACCAAGCCUGUGAGCCCCUUAGUUACCUCCGUCACCAACAAAUCCCUCUCAGUGGUCAUUGAUGUCCAGCCCCCUAGUGGCGGGUUCCUGCUCUUUGAGAUUGCCUACCGAGACAGCGACAACGUUCGCACUCUGGUCACUGAGGUCGCAACGAUAGGAGAAUACGAGAUCACUGGUCUGGAUCCCUCCUCCGACUAUGUGGUUGAAGUAUCCACCAUUGUGGGCACAGGGGCGGACAGACUAACAAGCCUACCAGCUCCAGUUGAGGUCACAACAGCUUCCAUUCCAAACCAGAAGAUUCUUGUUAGUGAUGUCCAAACAACAUCAUUGGAGAUACUCUGGACGGAGUCAGGCGACAUCACUGUUGAAAGUUACAGAGUGUCUACCAUCCAGCCCAAUGGAGAAUCAACAAUCUCCUUUGUUGUGCCGGCAGACAGAACGAUGGUCUCGGUGCGGGGUCGACUUACUGGCCUCGUACCUGGUAGACAGUAUAGUAUUGUUGUGGAAACUGUCCCUGCCACUGUGGAGCUUUAUGUUGUGCAAAGAACAAAACCUGAGAUACCAGGCGCAGUUAAUGUUGUUGCUGGUGACACGACCCCUACUAGUUUUCAUUUAACAUGGCUCCCUGCACCGUUCGAUUUGACAAGCUACACAGUUAGUGCUACAGGCCCCGAUGGUGUGGAAAUCGAAGUGGGUAGUGUGCCAUCGACUGAACAGAAUUUGGUAAUAGAUGGUUUGACAGCCAGCACAGUCUACACUCUGUGUGUCAGAGCAAAGGCUGGAAGUGGUGAACUGGCAACAGUAAGUGAGCCAUCCUGUACAGACUCAACAACAGCAUCUGUCAGAUUCACCACUGUCAUCGCCGACGACACAUUCAUCUACCUCAGCUGGGACGAUGAUCAGCCGGUAGCCAUCUCAGGCUACCGACUCAAAUUUGGAGUAGAGGGACAGGCACAAGAUGGUCUAGAAAAUCUGCCGGUGGACAACAGUCUGACGUACAGCCACACGAUCUCAAGCUUGGAGACUGGUACCCUGUAUCGGAUUGGGUUGUACCAAGUGCUGCUAGGAGGGGCAGAGAACUUCCAGAGUUCUGUUGUUAUUCGUACGAAUCCGGGUAUUCCUGAGAAUGUAGUCAUCCAAGAUGAGACUGCAAGUACGUUUUUAGUUGUAUGGCAUCCACCAUCCAGCGGCUUGUAUGAGAGCUUUGAGGUGUCUUAUGACUUGGACACAGCGGCCUCGUUCAAUCCAAUUGAGGUGGUUGUCCUGCCGGGGACUGACAGGAAUUAUCUUGUUGCUGGGCUGACGUCUAACACAAUGUACCGGGUCAGGCUUCGAACUGUGUAUGGUCUGGCGAGAAGCAACGCUGUUGCUUCUGCUGGAACUACAGCUCUUACUGGAUUGAAUCAACUCUACUUGACGACUGUCACUAGAACCUCUAUAGCUGUUGGCUGGGUGCCCUCACCUUCCAUUUCUUAUUCGUUGCAACUCACUAACCAAGACACUGACACUACAAUCGCCACUAGUGGAGGCUUGGGGGUGGUAUCGGGUCUGUACCCCGGCACAGAAUACACGCUGACACUGAAUCCAGGCUCACUGUCAAUGGUUACCACUCAUACAGUUCCGCUACCCACGUGUGACAUCGGUUUAACUCGCAGCACUGCUCACACGCUAGACUUCGCCUGGUGUCCUCCAGAAGGGACACUGUGGGACUCAUUUGACGUAACCUACAGCCCCAGCGAUGGUUCUCUUUCCCAAGUCGACCCAACGGAACUCACUGUUGAACUCAUCGGCUUGGACGCUGCCAAGGAGUACACCUUGUCUGUGGUGACCGUCAGUGGGAAUCAGAGGAGUGAACCAAGAACACUCUCCGCCUUCACAGCGGCAUCCUCGCCAGGAGAAAUCACCAUCGUGGAUUGCACCACCUCAUCUAUUACCCUAAUGUGGGGGGAGAGCCCGGUGGGUUCAGGGUACAUCAUCAGUGCCUUACCCGUUAGUGGCGGUCAGCUUCAGGCCUUGACGUUCUCCCUGGGUACCGACACUGCUACCUUCAACAACCUGACACCUGGGACACGGUACAGGAUUGUGCUUCAGAUUACCGGGACGCAAAUGCCAACGACCCAGGUGGAAAAGUACACCAAACCUAAUCCGCCAACGACGCCCACCUUAGUCACUGCAACCCAGACCAUGAUUUCCGUUGAGUGGGGUUCGGCCACCGGCUUCUUUGACGGGUACCAAGUGUACUUCUUCACCGGUACCGAACCGGAAGAGCUGUUCGAGAAUAAAACCAGAAUGGAAAGUCGAUCCACAAUCGACGAACUACUGCCUGCCACAGACUACACCAUUCGUGUCUACUCUGUUGUCGGGGAUGGCGUACGAAGUGAACCUGCCAUGGCAGAUUUCAGAACAGGUGAUGACAUCUUAAUGUUCACCAAGCUUGGCGAUAGAAGCAUCCGGGUCGACUGGCCAACUCACAUCCCCGGCAGUGACUUUGGCAGUUAUGACAUUGUAUAUACACCUCUCGAGGGCACUGAGGUGGCAUCAUUAGGCAAGACUACUCAGCUCAAUAACCUCACUCCGGGGCGGCCAUACAGCGUCUCUCUCUACGUUGUUACCAGCAGUGGUGACCGUCAACUUACCUCCACCGCCACGUACACGCUGCCUCCUGUUGGUCCGACAAUAGAGAAAACGGUCUUUACACCUUCCACUGUCUCUUUCGACCUGAGUCUCUUCUUCCCUGGGGUUUACGAUGACCUUAUUGUGACCUUGACACCUUCAACAGCUGGUGCUGGAGCAGGAACAACUCUUUCUCUUGAGAUAGUCCUGCCACCCGACGCAUGCCCAACUGUGCUAUUCACCGGUUUGGAACCCUCCUGCACCUAUGAUGUAUCAAUUAUUCUCCAGAGUGGGCGCCUGACUGUAUCCGAGCCAGUAACGACUACUUUCACCACCGCUCCUCUGCUGGCCAACACAGUCUAUAUCAACGAAGUGACGACAAACUCAAUCCGCAUCCUUUGGGGAGAUUUUGGAGGCGGAUUCACAGAGUUCCUGAUCCUCGUUACUCCAUCUCCACUCGGUUCGGGAUCUGCGAGGAACGUGCCGAGGGAAACCAGUUCCCUAGUGAUUACCAACCUUCAGCCUGCCACACAGUAUGAGAUCAAUGUUAGGCCGAUUGGAGAUGGACUCACCGGGUUCACCGUGAACUCUUUCACCAAACCAUCAACCCCGGACGGGCUGUACUUCCUCGACCAGGACACCGACAGCGUGACCAUUGCCUGGGGUUCAGUCAUACCCCCAGACCAAUACCUCGUCUGCUACUCGCCCAGUGGUCUGCCUUCUGUACCAGUGCAAAGUAACAACACACUGGAAUUGACUAGUCUGGACCCUUCACUAGAGUAUAUUAUCAGCGUUGCGUCAUAUGCCGGUGACGAUUUAGGCCGUGUGCUGAGUGACAAAGUCACUCGUUACAUCCGCCUUGAUGAUGGCCUUCCAGGCGACAUCAAUGUGACCGAGGUCACGACCUCCAGCAUAGCAAUAAGCUGGACUGAAUCCACCGUGCCCAUCACCAACUACGAGGUGCAAAUUGAGGAAGUCGCCUCGGGCAACCGUCUGCCGGGAGCAACCGUCACCAAUCCCCCGUUUACGCACAACUUCCAGAAUCUGUCGCCAGGGGUGAACUACCGGAUCAAUGUCCACUUCACUGGCACUGACCCACUGGUUACCAGGACACUUGAACAGCGCACCAUUCCAAGUACACCUGGCCCAAUCAUCAUUGGCAACGUUGAUUCCUUAUCAAUUGCAAUCACCUGGCUGCCAGCACAAGGCCUCUUCAACAAUUAUCGAGUCUACGUUCUGGACAAUGAUAAUACUGUACAGAGGCUGGCUGGUGUGGUACCACAGACGGAGGUCCGUUCAUUCACCAUAGACAACCUACAGCCGGAUACCAGUUAUACCAUCAGCGUAACGACGGAGAGCGGUAUGGUGGGUAGUCUCACCGAGAGUACACCGAGAGAGAUCGUCCAAACAACAAGUGCUAUUGGGGAGUGUGACAUCCUAGUUGUGGCAACGACUACAGACUCUAUGAUGCUUGAGUGGGGAACGUGCCCUGGUGCCACUGUAUACUACCUGGAUCUUGUCCCAGUUCCUGCUGGCUUCAUCCAGAGGCAGAUCCUCAGCUCUCAGCCUCGUGAGGCAACACUGGCUGGCCUGCUACCGGGCACCAAGUACACGGUUCUGCUGCGCAUCAGUACGAGCGACGAACCUGUCAGCACGGCAACUUCUUACACAGUGCCAGAGGCACCCAUACUUACCGUCACGCCAGAUGUCACACAGUUGGCUCUCUCGUGGUCGACCCAACCCCAGCUCUCGACAGAGAUCUUCCUACUGAGUCCCGACGAGACCACCCCAAGCCUUGUCCAGACGGUGUUCUCUGGAGUAAAUGCCUGGACCAUCUCGGGGCUUCUUCCUGCUACGCCAUACACUGUGAGCGUCGUUAAUGUUGCUGGUGCGGGGGAGGCUGCAAAAAAGAGUGAGCCGGCUGUACAGAUGAGAAACACAGAUUCCUUGCCACCCUCUUCCCUUGUGGUCCAGUCCUGUGGAGAUACUUGGGUGAAUCUGAUCUGGCCCGCCUCCGCUGUGGUUGAUUUCUUGGGUUACAUCAUCAACACUGAGCCGGCACCGACCUCGUCUCAGGGCGUCCUGUUUGUUCAGAGGCCCACCGUCACAGCGAACAUUACCGACCUACUUCCUGGUACAACAUAUACCUUCAAAUUGUCCAUCAGCUUAGGUACCAACGCGAAUACUGAGCUUGGGGAAGUGACCAAAACCACAAAACUUUUCCCGCCUCGGCUGUUGAGAGCAAGUGCCAUCACCACAUCAUCCCUGACCCUUAACUGGCUAGCUCCAGCCGUCGGUAUGAUAGACUCAUAUUUCCUGCACUACCAGCCGACGUCUGUCUCUCUGCCAAUCGUUGUGGAUCCAGACACCCUAGACUAUCAGCUGAGUGAACUUAGCCCUGGUCAAGAAUACACCUUUUUACUGAGCGUCUACUCGGACUUAGCUGGAGAGAGUGCGACGAUAGAAGUCAAGGCAACAACAGUUCAAGCAGCCAUCGGCGAGAUCAUCAUUCUUGACUCCACGCCAACAUCCAUCUCCCUGACAGUUGGUCAGGCAGACGCCAAUCUGGCUUUCACCUCCUACAUGGUGACUGCUGCAGACCAGGACGGAAACCCUGUGGCAGAGGCGUCGAUCUUCCCGACGGAUCCCGACCUACGGGUAGAGCUGACUGGUCUGUCAUCGGCCACUCUCUAUGAUAUCAGCGUUGUAUUGGUCGGCUCAGAUGUACAGACUUCUACCCAACACUUAACAAGCCCACUUCCAGUGAGGAACCUCAUGGUGCUCCCCGGUCCAACCUUCCAAUCCAUCGGAAUCAGCUGGGAUGCAUCGCUAAGUUCGGUCAUCACUUACUACGAGAUAUUCAGCAUAAGAGGAGAGAAUGCCCCCAGAAUGUACCAGGGACGGGUCCUGCCUGAUCAGCUUACUGUCUUCACAGUCGACGGGCUCAACCCUAAUACUUUGUAUUCCAUUGAGGUGUCUGCUGUGGUUACCAUUGGUGGAAUAACGGAGAGGAGUGAUCCACGCCUGACACAGGGAGUGACAGCUGCCCUUCUUGCGAAUCAGCUCUCUUUCCGAAACAUUGAAGACACGUCCGUGGAAGUACUGUGGGGAGAGACAGACCACGCUAACGCUGUACGCUACACGGUCGUUCUUAACCCUCAAGGAUCCAAUGAUAUCAAGGCUGGUCAGAGGCAAGUCGGUGAAGAUCCAGUGCUUCCGUUUAGCGAUCUGAUUCCAGGAACCACCUAUGACGUCACUUUGACGGUGGAAAUCCCUGGCAAUGACGGAGCCACCACAACGAGCGAUUUCCUAACAAAGCCCAGUCCACCAGGCCCCAUGUUUGCCAGUCCGUACACCACCCGCAUCAGACUGGUAUGGACGGCACCCGCUGGCAAUUACGAUGGGUUCAAGCUUUCCUAUGAGCAGGACGGUGGGUUGGCGGAAGAGAUUCUCCCAAGCACCAGACUGAACUUUGAGGUAGAGUUCCUGUAUCCGGGCACACCGUACACCUUUGAGCUGGUAACGCUAUCUGGUGUAGUGGAGAGCAACCCUAUAUCACAAACGUUUAGAACAGCGAGUGUGGGAACCCUGGAUAUUGUGGUCCUCUCCCUCAGCACUGACUCCAUCGAGGUUGUCUGGUCAUCGGACCCUGAGGCUCUGUCAUAUUUAUGGACUAUUGAGACAGAUUCCGGAGUCAUGGCGACUGAUACAACAUCAGUAACCAACCAAAUGUUUGAUGGUUUAACACCUGGCAGGGAAUACACAAUAAAUGUCAAGUCACUCUUCAACAGCGGUUCAAACAUGAACAACAUUGACAAAAAUACUUUGGUCCAGAGAACUUUACCUCAGAUCCCUCAGUUUGCAGCAGGCGGAACGGAGACAGGGCCACUGCACCUGAUCGUCCACUGGAUCUCUCCAGUUAUCGGUGAAUACUCGGGUUUCCGUAUUAAUUACGGAAUCAGUGAAGCCGAACUGGUACCUGUAGAGUUGGGUGCAGAUGAAGUUUCCUACAGAAUUGAGAACCUGAUCCCGUCCACGAGAUACAUCAUCAAGCUGCAGACGAUUACCGGUGCCCAGGAUGGCAAGGAAUACAGUGCUGAAAUAGCAACAACGGCCACAACAGAACCAGUGCCAGGGAAUGAGAUUCUUGUCAGGGACUACACGACAACGACUAUAUCCAUCCUGUGGGGUGCUGCUACCGGCAAUGUCAGGUCCUACUUACUGUUCAUUAGUCCCAUCGAUGGCACCGAGCCACCCAAUGCGAUUGCUUCGGAGCAGACUGAACACACAUUCCUAGGUUUGACACCAGGGAACGAGUUUUUGAUAGAACUGAUGGCACAGUAUGACACUGAAUUAACUCCCCUCGCUACAACUCGCCAACGAACAGCCCCAGUGCCACCCAGGUUCCUCAUGGCUCAAACAAUUGGGACGCUAGAUCUCACCAUUAUGUGGGCCGCCCCACCCUUUGGAUACUUUGAUGACUACAUGCUGUCCUACCGUGAGCAGGGCUCCCUCAAUCCAACCAGUCAGGUGCUGGAUAAGACGGCCAUCUCGCACAAGUUGCAAGGCCUGCUUCCAAAUACACCGUACACACUGGAACUGGUAGCCCGUUCGGGCACUGGGGAUUCUGCUUCGCAGAGUGAAGCCAUCACGACGUCGGUAACCACAGAGAGUAUAUCCCCACUUGUGGUUCAAGUAUCUGAGGUCACCACUAGCUCUAUAUCAUUGAUCUGGGGAGCGUCCAUCAUGCCGAAUCUAGCACUUUACAACCUGAGGGUGAGUCCAGCCCCACAGGUGGGUCAGAGUACGAAGCUUGUGAGUGCGGACUUGACAACAACUACUAUUCCCAACCUCCUAUCGGCAACGGAGUACACCUUCGAGUUGCAGUCCAUUUUCCUGGACAGUCAGGUCAUGGAAAACUCUCUGCCAAUCAAGCAAAAGACAAGUCCUGAACCACCAACUUCUUUAGCAGCAAACAAUCAGGCUGCAAUCUCAGUGGAUCUUACAUGGGUAUCUCCAAGUGGGGAAUUCGACGAGCUUGAGGUUUAUUACUUCCCUACAGACGGAGCAAGACAGAUCUUUGCCAACGUGCCAAGGGAUGCACCAAGUACACUGACAGUGAAUGGUCUGGACCCAGGUACCACUUACACUAUAGGGAUAGUCACCAUCAUUGACCCAGGCACGGACAAAGAACUCAAAAGUGUCACCGCUGAAGUGCCAGCAACCACGUUGCAACUUCCAGAGGCCACAAUUUCCAUCGUUGACUUUACCUCAACAUCCAUAUCUGUCGCUUGGGGUGUGGUCACUGAUCCUGCGGUGACUCAGUACCAGCUUGUGGCCACGCCCAUCAUUGACGGCCAAUCAGGAACACCAAUCCCUGCCUUCUAUCCAGCCAUUGCAUCCCCGCGGCACACCUUUGUUGGUCUGACGCCAGGAACUCUGUACCAGAUAUCUUUGACUGCUAUUGGGAGUGAUCCAUUAUUAACUGGUGAAGCUGAACAAACGACCAGUCCUGAAGCGGUCCAGAACUUAUUCCUAAGUGACGCCACCUUGACGACCCUGACAGCCACCUGGCUGGGUCCAUCCAGCUACUUUGAAAACUUUGUUGUAGUCGUGUCUGAGCCAGGCUUGGCUCCUAUCCAGGAAAUCAGCCUCAAGCCCACCGAGAUUCGUCUGUUGAUCGAGAACCUCCAACCGGGCACAGAGUACCUCGUCGAGGUCUUCGUGACAGUUGGAUCGCCCAAGCUGAGGAGUGAGCCUCUCGGCAGGACUGAAUCUACUCAAUCUCUUUUACCUCUGGAACUGAUAGUUCCGAGUAGAACAACAACGAGCCUGGAACUCUUGUGGGGCCAGUCCAGCAAUGAAGCGAACAUCCUUUACCAGGUUCAGGUGGCCGGCCAUUCUACGGACUUCUCCAACCUAGAAACAGUAAUCAUCGACGACCUGGUCCCCGGUACCCUGUAUGACAUCACUGUACUGACGGUUGCGACUCCAGUCACAGAAGGGUCUAUUCAAGCUCGAACCAAUCCAGAUCCCGUGACCGCCUUGACAGUGGUGGAUACCACUGACAUGUUCCCCACCGCCACCAGUGUCCCAAUCACAUGGACAGCGCCCUCUAAUGUCGGCAUGUUUGACGGCUUCCGCAUCUUUUACAAGUCAGCUGACCUCACCGUCACUGAAGUUGCAAUCGUCUUUGCCGACGUGGACACAUACAUUGUCACCGGACUGGGUGUCGGCCAGACCUAUACCAUCUGUGUGCAGGCAAUUAGCGGGAGUGAGACCAACUUUGAGACACGUAGCGAGCCACGCAAUGUUGUAGCCACCACUGAAUCCCUGCCGGUCCUCUCCGUUGAAGUUGCGGAGGUUACAACAUCGUCUAUCGAUAUCGUCUGGGGACCUCUUGGCACUGAUGACUUUCCUGCUGCAACUGCUUACUCGGCCACUAUUCGCACCGAGUCCGAUGCCGUUAUACGCAGGAUCAAUAGCCAACGAGGUCAACCAACCAUUGCUGCCUUCAGUGGUCUGAACUCAGGAACCCUCUACAAACUUCAGGUAGUCCUUAAUGAUGCUUCAAGCCAGUCGGAUGUUAAACUCCAGUAUACAAGACCUAGUGCACCAGUCAGCCUCAGGGUAUCCAGUGUGACGGCAACCAGUGCGACCCUGGAUUGGCUGUUAGCCCAAGGCAAUCUGGACAUCUACAGCGUGCAGUUCACGGCCGAGGGGUCACCGACACAGAGCAUGACCUCAGUCUUGCCGUCGAUGACGAGCAUCACCCUGGACAGCCUGGAGCCAAACACGAUGUACACUGCAAUCGUUAAGAGCACAGUCGGCGAUCAAGCACUCACUGUCUCAAGCACUGAGCUUCGGGAAACGUUUACUACAAAAGCGGCACGACUGACAGUGCUGUUUUCAGACACCACUACAAUAAACGUUCAGUGGUCGGCCGAGGUCUGGACGUUCGACAGCUACCAGCUGGCCUACACUCCAUCAGAUGGUGACAAAGACUCCCCUCUGGUCAGCGGGAUUGACGUCCGGCAAGCCAUACUCACGUCCCUAACGCCGGGUCAGCUGUAUACUCUAGAGCUUUACUCAGCAGUAGCUGCUACUGGCAUCACAAAACUGUCAGAUUCCACAAGAGUGGUGACUGAUCCCGAGUCGACCCAACUACGUUCCUCGCUGCAGACUUCCUCUUCGAUCUCCCUGGAGUGGGAUGCGCCCUCUGCUGGCAACUAUGACGGUUACAAAAUCCGCUACGCCGACCUCGCCGGUGAUGUAGGACGAACACCAAGUCCCACCACGCGCAGUCGCAACGACCCAAGAGAGUUCGUCCUCCGUGGUUUGGACCCAGCCACCUCAUACACUGUCACCAUUAACGUAUUCAGCCAGUUCGGAGACUUGAUUAAAGAGAGCAUUCCGGCGGAACUGACUGUCAAUACAGAAUCUGCCCCUCCAGCAAGCUUGACUGUUACUCUGGUGGAGACACAUCAGAUUACGGUCCGCAUUAACCCAGCUACGGGGUUGUUGACUGGGUACAUGGUCAGAGUAGUGGACGCCAACAAUGUGGAGAAAGCUGAUGAAUUUCUGGAUACAAAUGCACGUAGUUAUAAUGCUAUGGACUUGAUACCUGGCGUGCAGUAUACAUUCACCUUGAGCAUCGUUGGCCAAACAACAGAUGACUUCGUCGUCACACAGUUUACAAUUCCAGAAGCAGUUGCUGUGGAUUCUGUUGUGUCGUCUAGUACUAUAGAAUCAGUGGACCUAAGCUGGGACCCUGUGGAACCUGCACAGGCUGGAUACGCUGUUGCCAGCGGUUACCGGGUUACCUAUGAGCCCCAGGAUAGCGCCCAGGAUCCGAUUGUAGUCACAGAUCUCCUUGCCCCAUCGGCCACCAUUGAAGGACUACAACCUGACACUGAAUACACCUUUAACAUUGUGACCUUUGUUGGUGAAGGAGAGUUAGAGGAGAGCAGUCCACCUACACCCGUCAUAGUAACAACAGCCAUUCCCGGCCCAGCAGAGAUUCUACUUGUCAACGUUCAAGAGACUUCAGUAACCUUCAGCUGGGGCGUGACGGUCUACCAAUCAGCAUCAGGGUAUGAGUUAAGUAUUGGAUACCCCAACACCUUGGCCCGUCUGCAAACAACCAACGUCGCAGUGGAUUCCACGAGGGAACACACAUUCUCCGGACUCCUGCCAGGAACACGCUAUGUCCUUUACGUGGACGUGACUGGGAUUGGCGGCUUGGAAAGCAACACUAGACCAUUCCGGGCAAUCGCUGCUCCUCCACGGAACCCCCAAGUUGCCGAGGUCAGCCAGUCCAGCAUCACUGUGGUCUGGGAUGCUGCGGUCAGUGAGGUCAGCGGCUACGAAGUCUCCAUCUCAGAGUCCAACGGUCCACCCAGCGUGGUGGCUUCCCGAGGCGUCAAUGUGCUGUCGGUGACGAUCGAACAACUCAACCCAACCACGGAUUACAUUGUGUACAUUCGCACUUUGGCCGGGCUCGGCAUUGAUCAGACGAGAAGUCGCCCUGCAUCUAUCAGUCAAACUACAGGUGACGUUUUGAUCACGGUAGUUCCGAUUGCCGACACCACCAUCAGCGUCUCGUGGGUGCCGAGCAACAACCCAAUCACCGAGUACCAGUUUAUCUAUGACCCGCCCAUCUCCGCUGGGGAUUCGUCAAGCAGCAUACCGAUCUCUAACAACCCGAUGAAGCGUCUGGAUGGACUCACACCGGGCCAGAACUACAAACUCAUUGUCAACACAGUUGACGCAGCUGGUACUAUAACACCAUACGCCAAGGAAUCUUUUAGACUCAAACCAUCAUCUUUGACUACAAACGAUAUCGCUGUUUCGCCCAACUCCCAUGGAGCCACCCUCGGUAUCGAUCUGCAAGCUGCUCUGGCAGGCAUUCUGGACAGGAUCAGAUUCAUUCUGGACAACAUUUUAAGUGGCGCUGGAGCAGGCACUCCCCUGAUGGUUGAGGUGACGCUUCCUGUAGACGCCUGCCCUCAGAUCGUCUUAACAGGCUUGGAACCGGGCACUGACUACAUCGUAACACUUAACACCAUCAGUGUUGAUGAGGAGAGCACAACGGUCCAGAUCCCGUUCACGACAGAUCCUGCCGUACCGGGAGAACUAGUCAUUGGAGACAUCACCGAGACGGAGAUCGAUUUGUACUGGGAGCCACCAACAGGUGCCAAUCCGACCAUCCUGAGUUGGUCAUCGGACAAUGCGCCUUCGAAUUCAGUGUCGCUAGCCAACACUAUCAAGGAGUACACUGUGACGGGACUCUCACCAGCUACUCUGUACUCAUUUGAUCUCACAACUUCCGCCACUGACAUUUUUCAGAUAAUGCAGUAUACAAGACCCUUGGCGUUGCCCGCUCCGCCCACAGUGGAUGUUAAAACCGACACACUGAUCACUGUGUCAUGGCAGCCCUCACCUGGAGCUGAUGGAUAUGAGUUGUGUUACGCUUCUGAGGGUCAAAGGGACACCAUUAUGUUGACUGCAAGCGAUUUGACCUAUGACCUGACCCGCCUUCAGCCCGACACACGGUACAUCAUCAGUGUUGCAUCAACGGUGAGAACUGGAGCUGCUAAGGUUCUGAGUCAAAAGGAGACAAUCACAGCCACAACAGAAAUGGAUACAUCUAUUUCAAACGCAUCGUCGUUGCAACUAGGAAGAGUCACUGAGCAAUCUGUUAUGUUACUCUGGAAUGCCCCAGAUGUGAGCAACUUUGAUACAUAUGAGCUGACGUACUCCCCAGCGGACAUCGGUAGUCCUUCAUCACCGGUCACCAUCCCUAAGGAUUUCACCCAAGUGGAGUUGACAGAGCUGAUGCCAGGAGUGAACUACCAGUUUUUCCUACGGACUGUGAGGGGCUCAGGUCCGACCCUGGAGAUGGGUGCAGAUUUGACUCUUGAUGUUAUAACUAGUUCAGGUACCUUCGCCGUCCUGACCGGUUCGGUAACCGAUUCCGUCAUCGAGUUGACGUGGGGGAGCCCUCCUGCAACGGCGACCGAAAUAGAAGUGUCCUACUCACCUUCACAAGGCGACACACCAAACCCCAGUUUCAGAUCGGUUGGUAUUGGGUUAUUCCCGUUCCUGGUUCUGCGUGGACUGACUGCUGAUACUGACUACACAGUCACCAUUAAGGCUAAGGUCGGCAACACUGAAUUGGCUUCAAAUGAUGCAGUCAUCCACACACGAUUGCCUGCACCACCUCUUCCCACUGUAAGCUCCAUCUCUGCAACAACCAUAGUUGCUGGCCAGUCACCACAAGAUGGUCAGUUCCGGAUGGUAGUCCGCUUGCCCUCAGUCAACGGUGGCGGCCUGGAGGUCACCAGCCCGGCUACCGGCAUCCAAGAUGGCUGCUCAAGGAUUCCGUUCCGAGAGCUAGAACCCUCCACAUUUUACGACCUUGUGUUGGUGUACACUAUUAACGGUGUGCAGACAGUGGAAGCAGUGAAACGCUUCCAGACAGCACCUUCAGUUCCACUUGCCUUUGACCUCGUGGACGUUUCAACAACCACCAUUACCUUGUCAUGGCAGCCAGUUAUCGGUGACUUCACAAACUAUCUAGUGACAUACAGCCCCGAGGGACCCAUCAACCCAGCAGCCACGACCGUGUCCAGGACGGACCUCAGGGUGAUUCGGUUGCAAGGUCUCACCCCCGGCACUCGGUACACCAUCAAAGUCAUUCAGCAAGGGGGACUGGUACCUCUCGAGAACACUGUCGUCCAACCCACACGACCCAACACUCCCAACCGCCUCAGGGCCACUGACGUCACCAAAGAUGGGAUGACCAUUGCGUGGGAUCAGGCAAGUGGGGACCUCGAUGGCUACAUGAUAUGCCACUAUCCUCAGGGAGCUGUCUCCACUCCGCUUGACAAUGGCCUGACUAGACAGAUCAGACUGAGUGGCCUGGAAGUCUUCACCACCUACUAUGUCAAGGUGUUUUCAUAUCUGGGAACGCUGGAGAGUGAUCCAGCAACCCUCCAGCAAACUACAGUGGAAGCUGACCCUGGUGACCUGCGGAUUGAAAGCUUUGAUGAGACCAGUAUUACUAUCAACUGGUUCACUGUCUCUACAAUCAAUGAUUACCGUCUGCGGAGGACGAAACUGGACGGAACAGAUGAAGUGGUGUUUGACCGAAUCGGUGAAACCGAUCGAAAUCCUCGGUUCACCUUCAACGGUCUGGUGGCGGGGGAGGAGUACAUCAUCUAUGUCGAUCCUGAGGGCCCUGGAUACGGUGAACAGUCAAGGAACCAAAGAACAAGACCAAAGCCCCCACCAAAUUUCCGGGUCACUGACACCAGCGACAUUCAGAUAACCGUGGAGUGGGACGCGGCGCCGUCAAGCAUAGUCCAUCAGUACAUGUUGACCUACGACCCUCCCACUGGACAACCAGCCUCGCCCAGUGUGAUCUUUCCCUUUGAAGAGCGCCUGCGCACAAUCACAAACUUGAUGUCGAAUACGCAGUACACUUUCACCCUGGUGGCCGUUUCGGGUACCGUGAGUGGGCAGAUUGAGACAACAAGCACGCCUGUUACUCUACGAAAUGUGACCCCAUUAUCCCUGGAGGUGAUCUCCUACACCGACACCAAGAUCAAUAUCCAAUGGGACGCUCUGAUUGGUGGCACAUUCGACCACUACCAGAUCAGCUACACCCCGUACAUACCUCGUCCUGAGACCAUCGCUUCUCCUCGCAGCGUCCCCAAGGACUUUACCCGAGAGUUGGAGCUGUAUGGCUUGGACCCUGGACAGGAGUACACCAUCAAGUUGGUGACGGUUUACCGCGGUGUGGUCACGUCUGACGCAAUCAGCGUCACUAGACAACGUCUGGUGCCGAGCAUGAUUUCUGGCAUCAGUGUGCUAAACACCACGUCUAGCUCAAUAAGCAUCUUCUGGAGUAAUGCCGGUGGUGUCAGGGAUAGCUACGAUGUCACUCUAACACCUGCAGGCAAUGGGCUGCCAACAAUGCAAAGGAGAGAUGCUGGAAGUGGGACCAUUCAGGUGGCAUCAUUUACUGGACUCAAUCCUGGUGGUUUGUACACAGUGUCAGUCGCAACGAGGAGCGGAGAAUUGACUAGUGAGCCAGCGGAGCGACACGUUGCAACACGUCCACUUCCACCCUCCAAUGUAAGAGCUGAUGUAACCGGAGCAGGGACAACUAAUGCACAGGUCACUUGGGAACCCCCAGCCAGAGUUACCCAGCCUAUUAGUGGAUACCGUAUAGACCUUAUCCCGGAUGACUCCAGGCAGUUUCCUCAAGAUUUCGCAUCGACAGUAAGGUCUGCAAUAUUGGGACCUGGUUUGGUACAGGGACGCAUCUAUUCCGUCAAGGUUUGGGCCAUCAUAGAUCCGCCAUUUGUGGAUCCAGCCACCAGCGAUUAUGCUGUAGCUAUGUUUGCCACAAAUCCAUCCUCGCCCGCGUUUGCCGUACCCGACAUUGGCGCCAACUUCAUCAUCCUCAAAUGGUCCAAGUCCCCAGGAGAGGUGACCCUCUAUGAGAUAGACUACUCGCCUGUAUCCAGCACCGGGGUCAUUCCACCGAUACAGGUCCCCAGCACCUCCCUGCCUCAGUCUACUUUCGGUGGACUGAGUCCCAGCACGGAUUACACGUUCACUAUUAAAGCUGUGAGUCGACAAACGUUUGUUGCUGCGUCCGGGGUUCAGACUGUGGAGAAAGAGAGCGAUGAUGUCACCACUGUGUACAGAACACUCCCACAACCCCCUCGCAAUAUUCGAGCAACUGAAGUCACACCGACAUCGAUUGCCCUGGAGUGGGAGGCUGGUUCAUUUGGGGCUAACAGUUACCAAGUGACGUGGCAGCUGGAAGGUACUAGUUCUCCCAGCGCCCCUGUGACAGUAACAACUACGAGCUACACCAUAACUAAUCUCAUACCCUACAAGUCGUACGACAUAUCUGUGGUCACCGUUGUAGCACAGUUGAGGAGUGUCUCGAGUGACCUGCGGCCGAGAACACUGGCAACCAAUCCCGGAGAACCCAGGGAAUUCAGCGUCGUUAAGACAAGCCCAACGACUGCUCUGGCUACUUGGUACCCACCGAGGUUUCCAAAUGGCAUUCUCUUAUCUUAUAAUCUGACAAUCGCCGGCCUUGUGGAUGCUGGCUCACCCCGUCUGAUAAUCAUAAGAGCAAACAAUGAUCCAAACACCCUUCAUACCUACAUGAUCAACGAACUGGAUGUCGGUAAUGCAUUUAGAUUUAGUCUGUCAGCUAAUAACAAUGUUGGAAGCAGCACAACGUUAGAAUUCCCGGCCACUUUGGAGUUCCCUGAAACUGCACCACCUCAAACAUCCCAUAAGCUUGGCAUUUCACAGAAUGUGAUCCCAACUGGAAAAACUGUCCCCAUUCAGCUGUCCAGUCAGAUGUUUAGCCAGAAGUACGGACCAAUCAUCGAGUACGCUGUCUUGGUCGCAGAAACAACAAUAGACAACACCUUCUUUGGGCAAGUUGGUUCACCGGAGAACACCUGGGCGUCGGUUCAAGGCACCUACCCAUGGCUACCUUACCGUGCCUCUGCACCAUCCUAUAAUCCCUUCAUCAAUGUAUUCAGGCUUAAGAAACGACAGACAGACGCAACAUUCGCUGACUUCACUGUGGGUACUGAUCUACGAUGUGAUAAGUCACUGGUGGAGGAGUAUUGCAACGGACCCCUUAUGCCGUACUCAACCUAUCAGUUUGCUGUACGCGCUUACGGUGCUGAUGGGAAUUACACCGACACAUUAUGGUCAGAGCCGGUCAUGACUCCAUUCGACGUGACGUGGUUCAUCUAUCCCCUCGUCGGCAUGUUGGUUCUAAUCAUCCUUAUUCUCAUCGUCUUCGGCUGCAUGUGGAGAGGAUGCUGUGGCGAUCCUUCCAGUAACGCCAUGUAUGAGGAUCGUAGCAUACUGAUCGAGCCAGUCAGACGGCCCUCUCCUAGCGCAAGCUCAGUCUCAAGGACAAGACCAGUCAAGGAGAACCCAUAUGAGAAUGAUAACAUGCGCAGUACCACCAGCAGGCCUGUGGCAGUCUCCAAAUUUGGUCAACAUGUUUCCCGUAUGUCUGCCAACAGUAACAAACUGUUCAGCGUAGAAUAUGAGUCACUGCAAUUUAAUGGAGCUGAUGCAUCAAAGAAAAUAUCCAAGUUUCCUGAGAACAUGAACAAGAAUCGCUAUCGCAAUAUUUUGCCAAACAACGACUUCCGUGUGAAAUUAAGGGAGAGUGAAGACGGGUCAGACUACAUCAAUGCCAGCUACCUGAGUGGACUUAGUACGGACAACGAGUACAUUGCAACGCAAGGCCCACUCCCAAAUACCAUGAUCGACUUCUGGACUAUGGUUUGGGAGCAGAAAACUACCUCCAUCGUCAUGGUCACCAAUCUAGUGGAAAACUCCAGGGUGAAGUCUGAGCAGUACUGGCCCAAUGACAACGAUGAGCAAGAGUAUGGUGAGAUCCAUAUCACCCACAUCAACACCGUCACUAAGCCAUCAUGGACCAUCAGAAAGUUUGAAUUAGAGAAGGAAGGGCAGACACGAUUGGUGACUCAUUUCCACUUCAGAUCCUGGGGAGACCACGGUGUGCCGACCACUCCGGAUCCAAUGCUGUUCUUCAUGCGUUCAUUCCAAAAUCAAGUGGCAUCACCCAACCCUGUAGUGGUACACUGCAGUGCCGGAGUCGGACGAUCAGGAACCUUUGUCACAUUGGACAUCUUGCUGCGUAGUCUUGACAGUGAGGCUCAGUUCCUGGAUGUGUAUGGCACUGUGGCAAACAUGAGGCAAAGCCGUUGCCACAUGGUGCAGACCGAGGACCAGUACAUAUUCAUCCACAAGGUCUUGCUGAAAGCCAUCCAGAACCCAAACAUGCAAGCUGAUCAUUCCUUUUCUGGAAGGAACAGGAGCCAGGACGAUGACAUGACGAUCGAUGAGAGCAUUUUCGAUGCUUAGUGAGGACUAGGUUACAAUGGCUUUACCGCCAUACAUGUAACUUGAUCACCAUCAACCUAAUAACCUGCGCGUACCCCAUCACAUAAUGUGUGAAUUGAAUAUUGAAGCAGUUUCUAUGAUUUUUUUUAAGGGGGGUUUCUUUUGCAUGGGAUCAAUCGGUUAACUCAUUUCAAUGACUAUGUUCUGUUUUUAAUUAUGAUGUUAGAAUUGUUGAAUUAAAGUCAAUGUACAUCUGUCUGAUAUUUUAGUUCAAACGUGAACAAUAUUAUACUAUGUGGGUUUUUUGUAAAUAUACCCAAAACAUCAUACUAUAACCUUAGUUCCACUAAUUUUAGUUUUGAAAUUACAAAGUUAUCGUUUUAUAUAGAGGAAUAUUAUAAUUUUUUAUAUUAUUGUAACAACUCCCUGUGAAAUAAUUUUUUUUAAAGAUGCUGAAAUAGUCAGUAAAUUAAAAGAAACAUGAUAAUUUUUAGUUUGCAGGUGUAUUUGUCAAUGUUACAUUUGUUUUGAAGCAACUCUCUGUGUUUGAAUUACAUAUGUUGUCAGUUUUUUACAUUUCUUUUGUAAUUUUCGUUGACAUUUUCAAACACAUUUUUUGGUUUUGAAGAAGUAACAACUCAGUGUAAUCGAAGUAUCUUAUAGUGGCCUAACUGAAUUUUUUGUUAUUUUUAAUUAAUAUAGCGAUCAACACAAAGCAACAUUUUUAAAAAGCUGUGAUGUAAUUUCUUCACUUUUAGAAAGGAUUCUGGUAGAUAUAAACUUCAAAUAGUCAGUGAAGUUUGUAUAAAUGAUUUGUUUGCAAACGUAAUGUUGUUAAUUCCUAGAAGAGAAAUUCUGAAACUGCUUGAUUUCCUUAAAGGCAGUGGACACUAUUGGUAAUAACUCAAAAUAAUUGUCAGCAUAAAAACUAACUUGAUUUUGAG